AUGCAACUUUCUAUCCUCCUCAGCGUGCUUGCAGGCACCGUGGCCGUCAGUGCUUAUGCUGAUGUCUUUGCUGCGUGUACACCCGAGAAGGACUGCUGCUUUUCCACCAAGGGGGCUUGUCAACGACAGUCAAGCUUUGCCGUAGAACGGUACUAUGAAUGCGGAACGAUCAAGCUCUGCCCGGAUUAUGGAGUUUCUCUGCAAGCUUGCAAGGCAGAUUGCUGCAGCAUUUCUACCAAGUGGGGUCGUGGAUGCCCCGGAAAAUAG